AUGCGCUGGUCAGUCCGGCGGCGUACCCCGCAGUUUGCCUCCAGACCCACAAUGGCCUACACAGGCGGCAAGCAGGAUGGAGGCUCCGUGGGCGGAGUUGUGGGCAAGGAAGUCUUCGCAGCUAUGAUGGCCGGCUUGCCCGGAUGCCUCGACGCCAUCCUCCGCUGCCGGCAGCCUUCGCCUGGCACUCUCAGCUCGCCCUCGUGCGAGAGAGCCUAUCAAGUGUGCCUGAUUUCCGAGCUGCUGCCUGAGAUGCACUGCGGCCGCAAUGUUUACGAUGUACGACAGGCGUGCCACAAGCGGAAUGUCGUCGAUUGCUUCGACUUCUCAGCUGUCCAAGCCUUCCUCAACGAUGCGAAGGUGCAGAAGGCUUUGGGGGUGCCCGUCGGCCUGUCCUGGCGCCCUUGCAACAUGCAGGUGGACUCCGAGUUUGUGCGCAGCGGCGACUACAUGAGCUCCACCGAUGGGCUUGUGGCAGAGCUCCUCGAGCGGGGCAUUCCGGUGCUGGCCUACUCCGGGGACACGGACCUGAUGGUGGACUGGCUGGGGACGAGGGCCUGGAUGGAGAAGCUGGCCUGGCGAGGGCAGCCGGCCUGGAAGGCCGCCCCCCUGCGUGCCUUCCACGUUCGUGGAAAGGCGGCGGGGCGGCACAAGUCACACGGUGGCUUCACGUUCCUUCAGAUCUACAAUUCGGGUCACCUGGUCCCCAAAGAUCAGCCCGAGGCGGCGCUGAAGAUGCUCCAGCGGUUUGUGUCCAUGGACUCUGACUGGGCUGCCCCACCCGCAGUGCUGCAGUCGACCCACACUCAGGCCACAUGGCCACCGGCUCCAGGCACAAGCCCGGGAGUCUGGGACCACAGUGUGUUGGGAGCCGCUGCUUGGUUGCUGGUGGCCGCGUGCGUGGUCGGAGUCACGGGCCUAGGGUGGGCCUUCCGGCACUGGUGGCCUCGCCGGGCAGAGCCCGGUGAUGGGCCGUACUUGUUAAUGACGUAG